AUGACGGAUACGCUGGCGAGUACCUACGCUAGGUAUCUCGUUGCUAUUUCUUUUCAGCGGAUCGGUGAGCUCAUGGCCAAUUCAUACAUGUGGGCAUUUGCUUUUGCAAGUGAUAUAUCUACACACUACGAGCGUUCGUUCAUGGACCAACGUCUCAGGCUUGCUGUUGACGGUGUUCUAGUUAACAUCCACUUACUUGCUAUUCCUGUCUUUGAGCGCCACACUGCAAUCGUGCAAUUCAAUCUGAUUUCAACAACUCUUGAUGUUCUAUAUGGCCAAUGGAGAGACAAGAUGAUUGGAGUUGCCUCCGACGGUGAGAACACCAUGACCGGUCGCCAUGCAGGUGUAGUCACUCUUCUGGAAAACGAGGCUACACAUCCAAUUUUACGCGUCUGGUGUGCAGCGCAUCAAAUCGAUCUCGUCAUGAAAGCAGCAUUUGCAAUUGUAGACGACGGAAACUUCGUUAAAAAUACGAAAGACCUUAUCGUCCAUCUCCGCAGACAGAAAUUAUUGAUUGCAGACAUGGGCACUGCUGCAAAGAAGCUAACCAAUAGAUGGCUUUAUAUGGGCAACGCACUGGAAUGGAUCUUACGGAAUCACGCCCAGCUUAAUACUCAUUUUGAAGGUCAUCAGUCCGCUUCACCAUCUUCAUCUUGGUGGGUUAAUGCUGCUGUUGUCUACGGCAUCACCUCUGUGGUUAAUGUGACUUUUACGAGAAUUCAAGCCAAAGAUAUGAUUCUGUCACAGCAAAUGAAAACAUAUUCGCACCUUCGUCAAUUCUGCUGUGGUUUGGCAACUGUAUUUGCUAACACGGCGUCAGUCGAAUCCGACUUUUCGGUACUGAAGUGGGAGCUGAACGACCGUCGCACUGCAUUGACGUCAUUGGCAUUGGAGGGUAUAUUCCAGGCUAAACAGUUCGACCAACUCAGCAAACUAAGCGAGCGAAAGUAG